AUGGCAUUGUCCCUUGUACGCAUGGUGCGCCUUGCACUGGUUGGGCUGGUGGCAUUAACACCAAUUGCUUCAGCACUGCCUGCGCCUCCCGUCGCUCGCGGCACGGUUCAGGCACCCGACGAUGAUCCAUUCUAUAAGCCGCCUGCUGGGUUCGAAUCCAAGGCGCCUGGGACAAUCCUGAACCAACGAAACGUCGAAGUUGGGUUCUUCGGCAUCAUCCCGCUUGAUGUGGAAGCUUAUCAGCUGCUUUACCGCACGACUGCAAUCGAUGGCUCGGCCAUUGCAACUGUUACCACGGUAUUCAAGCCGAAGAACGCUAAGCUUGAUCGUUUCGUUUCCUUCGCCACGGCUUACGAUAGUUCUGCGACGAAAUGCCAGCCCAGCUAUGGCUACCAGCUUGGCUCGCCACAGAACAGUUUGAUCUCUUCGGUCGAGCUGUUGAUCAUUGAGAUCUACCUUGCUCUUGGCUAUACCGUUGCUUCUCCUGACUAUGAGGGACCCGAUGCUGCCUUUGGACCUGGUCGCCUCUCAGGAAUGGGUGUAUUGGAUAAUAUCCGUGCCGUGAACAGCUUCAAGACCUUGGGCCUCACCGAUAAGCCUAUGGUUGUCGGCGUCGGUUAUUCAGGCGGUGCUAUUGCUACCGGCUGGGCAGCCUCUUUGCAGCCCAAGUACGCAUCAGAGCUGAACAUCAAGGGUUGGGUGCAGGGUGGAACUCCCUCGAACGUCACCGGCACAAUGUAUCAGCUUGAUAACACAGCCUUCAGUGGCUUCCUCCCUGCAGCUAUUGCUGGUCUCUCAAAGCCAACCGCCUACGGUGCCACCUUAGCCCCUUUCAUCAAUAAGAUCAUGACUCCUGAAGGUCAAAAGAUACUAGACAUCGCCAACUCUGAAUGUGGCACUACGGAUUUAAUAGCGUUCUUCGAACGGUCAAUCUUUGACACUGGCUUCCAAACUAUGGGCGAAGCUUUCAUCUUCGACCCAAUCGUUCAGGCAGUGCUGAAGCAAAACAGUAUGGGCGUCAAUAAGGAUGAGACUCCGACUGCACCCACUUUUGUGUACCACGCCAAAAAGGAUGAAGUCAUCCCUUAUGCCGAUGCCCAAACGAUGGUUAAUUCCUGGUGCAGUUGGGACGCGAACGUCAAGUUUACAAAUUACGCCAGUGGUGGUCAUGCGACCACUGAGAUUAUCGCAAUUCCCGAGGUCAUCAAGUUUGUCAAGAAUGCCUUUGCUGGCACGACCGAGAGUGGCUGCACCAAGAAUACUAAGCUUGACAUUAUUCUCAACCCACUUGCUCUUGGUGCAGACCUUGAGCCUAUUCUCGUGAAGCUCAUUGAUGGACUGUUCAAUCUGGGUGAGCAGGACUCGAAGCUCAAGAGUGAUCCGGUUACAGUACUCCGCAGCAAUCUCGUCUAA